AGCCAAUCAUUUGUGAAAACCUUGAGGAACCAGAGCUCAGUAAGUAGAAGUAACCGGUAGUUUAGUCAUGGACAGAGAGCUCCAGCUCUAAACCCUAACGCCAGCCUCACUGAGCCCACAGGGAGGGGACUUUGCUGGGCAGCAGGCUUCCAACAGCAAGCUUCUGGAUUCUGAAGCUCCGGAGAUCUAACCACAUGACAGAGAGAAGCCCAGAGGAAGUCCAGGAGUCAUCCAGCCAGCCAGUAGAAGUACACUAUGCAGGGUGUGGUGGGGGUGAGGCAGGGAGUGUCGUGGAGCCUGUGUGCCCUGCUCUGCCUCUCUUUCUUGGAGCAGAGCCAGUGCAGGGGCUCCAGACAGGCUAGAGAAACCAAGGAAUAUCCCCUGCUCAGGGCCAAACGAACUCCCACAGAAGACGUCAAGAAGUGCUCCUACACCUUUCUGAUUCCCCAGCAGAAGAUCACAGGCCCCAUCUGUGCCAGUGCAACGGGCCCCGAGCCGGACAAGGAGCGUGUGACACGGAUGGACAUAGCUGACGUAAGAGAGGUGCUGUUCAAGCAGAGACGGGAGAUUGAGACCCUGCAGCUGGUGGUGGACGUGGACGGCAACAUGGUGAAUGAGAUGAAGCUGCUCAGGAAGGAGAGCAGGAACAUGAACUCCAGGGUGACCCAGCUCUACAUGCAGCUGCUUCACGAGAUCAUCAGGAAGAGAGACAACUCUCUGGAGCUGGCCCAGCUGGAGAACCGGGUUCUCAACGUCACCUCAGAGAUGCUGAGGCUAGCCUCGCGCUACAAGGAGCUGGAAGGGCGUUUUGCAGCGAUGGCGGGGGUGGUGAACAACCAAUCUGUGCUGAUUGCUGCGUUGGAGGAGCAGUGUCUGCGGACCCUGGGGCGCAGUGAGAUGCAGGUGGUCCCCCCGCUGGUCCAGGUGGUCCCAGAGAACAUCCCCGUCAACAGCCGCUUCACCAACGAGAUACAGAGGGAUCACAACAACCGGGCAUUCCCACGGGGGUCACGCAUGGACUCCCCCACCGCCUCUCCAUUUGGACUCAACCCGCCGCCACCGCAGGGCACGCUCACCUCAGACGGUCCGUUUAAGGACUGCUACCAGGUGCGCCAGGCGGGCCACAGCACCAGUGGGAUGUACCUGCUGAAGGCAGAGAGUAAUGAACAGCUGAUCCAGGCCUGGUGUGAACACAGCUUAGACAACGGAGGCUGGACCGUGUUACAGAGAAGGAAGGAUGGAUCGGUCAACUUCUUCAGGAACUGGGAGAACUACAAGAAAGGCUUUGGGAACAUAGACGGUGAAUACUGGCUGGGUCUGGAGAACAUCUUUAACCUGGCAAAGCAGGGGGACUACAGGCUGCUGGUAGAGCUGGAGGACUGGGUGGGGAAGAAGGUGUAUGCUGAGUACAGCAGCUUCCGCCUGGAGCCUGAGAGUGAGGGCUACCGCCUGAGACUGGGCACCUACCAGGGAAACGCUGGAGACUCCCUCAGCAGCCACAAUGGGAAAAUGUUCACCACACUGGACAGGGACAAGGAUGCUUUCUCAGGUAACUGUGCCCACUUCCAUAAGGGAGGUUGGUGGUACAACGCCUGUGGUCAGACCAACCUGAAUGGAGUGUGGUACAGCGGAGGGGUUUACCGCAGUAAGUUCCAGGAUGGAAUCUUCUGGGCUGAGUACGGAGGCGGAUCGUACUCCCUCAAGUCUGUCCGUAUAAUGAUACGACCUAUCGACUGAGCCUGGAACAGUCUCCACCCCACUAUCUAUGCCAUGACCUUUAACCCAUCCUAAUCCCAACCCUCCCACCCCGUGACGUAUCAACUUCUCCACCAAGCUACCCAUCAUCUUCCCAUUCUUUUCCUUUCUUACAUUUUUAAGCGGAGCAGAGAAGCUGUUUAACUGUAGAGACCCAAAUCCCAAAUCAAACUGCUUCAUGGAAACCCUGGUUCUUCUUCAGCCUCUCUGAAGGGAAGAUGACACAGCGUUCUGCUAUUGUUUCAGCUGUGCUUCUAUUGAGUCCUCUCUAACAUGGCCAGACAGCCAUAUGAUAGUGCUGUGAAAGACAGCAGUGGACAGACAAAGUAUGAACUCUAACAGAGCUAGCUGCCACAGCCUUCUACAACAGUCACUAUGUUAUACUCUGUAUGGUCCUCCACAAUAUCAAACUUCAAUACGCUAUGAAGGUGGUUACAUUAGGAAUUUCAGAUGCUUAUUUCACACAUGUUGACUGGAAAAUAAAUGGUUAAUUUUG